AUAGAACUUACCUUUCCUAACUCUCCGCUACCAAAAGUUACCGUUGCGUCCCGCAGAGGCUUGACCCGAUUAUUAUAAACUGUUCUCUCUAACCCACCAAUCAUAUUGCAGCCGCUGCUCCACCACGCCCACCGGUUUCUUCUCAAAUUACCCUCCAUCAUACCCAAAAAUUUUCUUCGUCUUCCUAAACCGUUGGAUUUUUUUUUUUUAAUUUCAAAUUAAACGUAUAAACUCCCCGAUCUCCUCGCUUCCCCUUUCCCGAAUUAGGGUUUCUGUAGAUCCUCCGCCUGUUUUAAUGUUUCACCUAACAAAAUUGUAUUUUGAUAUUUAUUCACGGGCAAUGAUCCAGCGCCGUUCUUCUUUUGGAUUAGUCAAGUUCAGUCAUCGUUGGAUUAACUUAAGUUAGGGUUUUGUAUUGUGUAGAACGGACCUCAGUUUUGGUAGCUUCCUAGUUGUAUUAUCUGUAAAUAGCCGUUAGAUUGAACUCCUUUGUUGUAUCAUUUAAGAUAUAUACUAUAAUUUACUGGAAAUAAUCAGAAAAUGAAGCACCAGAAGAAGAAAAAGAAGGGAUCUAGAGCUCCUAAGGAAUGCGAGGUUAGCAAUUUCGGAGAUUCUCCAUCAGAUGGUGAGAUCAUGUGGAGGAGAUUGUUGGAGCCAUUCGCCUCUGUUUCGAUUGAAGAAGCUGCAUCAGCUUACAGGGAAGCUAAUGGUGACCUUAACAGGGCUGCCGAGAUUCUCGGGAAUUUAGGGGAAACUGAGGAGGAUCAAAGCACGACCUCAUCGAUCUCGAGCUGGUAUGCGAGUUCGAGUUCAUCCGAGCUGUCUGGAGAGGACCAUUGUGCUCAAUACAGGGUGUUGCAGAAGAGUAAGAUGAAGAAGGUCGUAGCUUCUGCUGGGACAGUUUCCACCGUGUCGGGGAAGGACUAUGUGAGCUCUCUGCCAAAGAAGCAAUUGUCUGGACAGAAGAAGUUUAGUUCGGAAAGCUACAGCAAGGAAGAAUCUGAGCAGUUUCUAUGCUCAAUGCUGGGAGAUGAUUGCCAUUUGAGUUUAGCUGUGGUCAAAGACGUGCUCUGUCAGUGUGGAUAUGAUUUUUAUAAGGCUCUGAACAUUUUGCUUGAAUUAUCAUCAUCAUCAUCAGUUGACCAAUCUGGUAAGAGAGAAGUGGCUUUGUUACCUCCUGAAUCAAAUGAUAAUCUGACCGACAUAAUUUUAUGUUCUUCUUACUCAUCUAGAAGCAACAUUCAAGAACAAAUGUUGUAUACUGGAAGUCCAUCCAGGGAUCAACAUAAAUUUGUGCAUGAGAUCGAGCGUUCUUCACCACCCCAGGGAAAUUCAGAGUCACAAGUCUCAAAGGACGUUCUGAAAUCCUUGUUUAAUGUGCCCACCCUAAAGACGGUUGAACAUGUACCGGGUACUGUAAAAUGGAGAGAUGUGGUGACAAAAAUGUCAUCCUUGGGGCUCAACUCUGAACCUCCCCCUGCUAGCAGUGUUAUACACGUUCAUAACUAUGCUUCUAAAGGAGAGGACUACCAGAUUUUCAGAGAAGCUUCAACGCGACACUGGGAAUCAAUGAAGUCAUACUAUCAAAAGGCUGCAUCAGCUUUUUCAAAUGGUGAACGGCAAUAUGCUGCUUAUCUUGCUGAUCAGGGCAGGACACAAAACAAGAAGGCUCUUGAGGCUGAGGAAAAGGCCAGUCAGAAUAUUUUUGAAGCCAGAAAUAAGAGCAUAGAGAAUGUGAUUACCAUUGACUUGCAUGGGCAGCAUGUUAAACAAGCAAUGAGGCUCUUGAAGCUUCACCUUCUGUUUGGUGCAUAUGGACGCUCUGUGCGGUCAUUCAGGGUAAUCACCGGAUGCGGGGGGCAAGGCCUUGGGAAGUCUAAGCUCAAACUCGCGGUGUUGAAUUUAUUAGAUAAUGAAGGGAUUGAAUGGAGUGAGGAGAAUAGGGGAACAUUGCUUAUCAAACUUCGAGGACAAACAAAUUUAAGCUUCCUGGAUACUCCUGAUAGCGAUGACGAGUGAAUUUCGGAAUAUCUCACUUUAACACCUCGGAGGGACUGGGAGUAAAAUUAAUAGCUCAACCUCAUGUUUGCUAGCUAGACGUAUCUCUUCUAUUGUAAUCCAGAGAGUAUAAAUCUAGUUAGGCUUAGGUUGUGGCAUGAUGCUACUCUGACAUCUUCUUGCCAUUAGUCUUCACUCUUCUCCCAUUUACUUUAUAUAAAUAUUCACAUUCUUUUAAAUAUCCCGUAUGUAUGUAACAAUGUUAUGACAGAGUUAACAAUGAAAGCAGUUGUGGGAUUUUCUGUAUAUUUACUCUAUAAUUGAUGGAUGCA